AUGGCUCAAAAUCGCUUUGAGAGCUUAAAUAUUGAUUUAAUAUUACAGAAUUUAGUAAUAGAAGAUAAACAAAUAUUACAAUAAGAGGACGAGUUUAACUAUGAAUCCCCUACAAUUAAUCCAGCAAGGCGCAACAAAUAUGAGUUUCAUAACUAAGAAAGUGAUUACAAAAUAAGUAGUAAAUAUCAGGGUAAUUAGAAUUUGAAAUUGAAUGAGAGCUAUAGUUCUAUAGAAGAUUAAUCUAAUUAAAUGUAGUACGAUGAAGUAAAUAAAGAAAAUAAAUGUGUUUAAGAUAGCUGUACUCCUCCAAGGAAAAGUAAUGCAAAGGAAUUUGGCUAUGAUGAAGAUAAUAGCGACUAAAAAAGUUAAGAUAAUGACAAUCAUUUAAAAAGAACUCCUUAAAAUAAUUUUUAGGUAUUUUCGCCUUAUAAUGAAGUUAAUGGGAACAAAUUUAAGAUAACUCUUGAAAAAUUCAAACUUUCAGCAACUUCCUCAAACAAAAAGCUUCAAGAAGACCUGUAGCUGUCUAAGAGCAAUAAAAAAUAGCAUGUCCUUCUUACAUCUAAUAGAAAAAAUAUAUGCAAUUAAGAUAUAGAGAGCCCUAAUUAAAACUCUUGCUAUUCAAAUAAAAAUAAUAAUUUUUCUCAUACUCCAAAAAUUUUGAAUUUUUUGAAUUCUUCUGCAACUCCUCAAAAAAAUUUAAUAACCCGCACUGUAAAUGGCAAAAACUAAAAUUUAAAUAGCAUUUGUGCCUAAGGAGCAAAAUAAAAUUUAUUUAUGUCAUCUCAACCAUGCAAUUUUUACUAAUACUCAGAUCAAAAAAUAAAUUCGAACAACUAAUUUUCUUACAGCAAAAAGUUAUUCUAAGAUGAUACUGAAGACGAAGAAGAAGUUUAAUAAGACUCAUAAAAAUAAGUUAAAUAAAAUCUAUUUUCAAAAUUCACAAUAAGCGAUUUUAGUGAUUCUAAGGUGAAAAAUAGCAGCAAUCAAAUCUAGUUAGAAAAGAUAGAUGAAUUCAAUUCGCCUCAAGCUACUAGUAACAAUUUACUAGGCUCUUUUAAUACAAUGAAUAACCUCUUUGCAUCUCCUAUUGUAAACUCUUCUAAGAAGAAAAUUCCUGAUUUAUUUGCAACUGAGUAGGAAAGCCACUCUUUAAGAAAUAAAGUAGAUAGCAAUAAUAAUUAACAAGUCAACAAAGCUAACAAUUUAUUUAAUACUAAUAAUACCAUUCCUAAAAAAGGAUUCAAUUUAUCAAAAGACGAUCAAUCAACAGUUAAAAAGAAUCUAUUUGAUGAUAAUACUAUUGAAAAUUAAUUUGCUAAUCUUGAGCAAAUAAAUGCCUUUUUCUCUUCAUAGUAAGCUAAUUCAAAUUCAUAACCAAAACUUUAGUAAAAUAUUUUUGAAUUUAAAAAUGGAUAAUUAAGUAGCCCAUCUAACAUAAAUUAAGACAAUAAUAAUGAUAUCAACAAAAUUAACAAUCAAACAGCAGAUUUAUCUAAGUUAAAUUUACCUUAGGUAAAUGAAUUUUCAUUCGAGACAGAAGAAGAAGAUGGAAAUGCUAGUAACAAAAAUGUUUAUUUCCAAAAUUAAUUUAUGCAAAAUGUGAAAAACCUUUCUCAAGAAGGAUAUGACUCUGAUAACUUUAUUAGAAAAAAUACUUAACCUAAAGACUUUUGGGAUAAUGAUUCACAGAUGGAAGACAGUUAGUAAAAUAUUUAAAAUUCCUUUGCCACUGAUGAAUGUUUUGAUUAAAACAACCUUCAAUUAAUAAAGGGGAAAAGCGUUAAUAUUAUUUCUUAUGAAAACGAUCUAUUUAACUAAAAUGAUUAGAAUUCUUGGAAUUUAGGAUUAAACAGGAGAAAUUCAGAAGUAGGAUUAGACAGCAACAGCGAUCAUAGAAAUAAAAUUCAGAUAGAUAUAGGAGAAAAUGAAUUUACUAGAGCUAUGCCUGGUGUCAAACCUCAUUAAAGACUCAGAAUAGGAAGUCUAGUAUAAAAUAAGAAGAGAUCUCAAACUGUCCUAUUUUAAAUUCCUGAAAAUUCAUCUAAAAAGCCAAAAUAAGUCCAACCACAUCAAUCAAAUUAUUUUGAAGUUGAAGAUGACUUUGAUGUUUAAACUCCUAUAAGAAGUAAAAUGAUUGAACAGUAAGACUUUUCAAUGUUGUAUAAGAAAGCCUCUUCUAGAUUCUUUUCAAAUGCCCUUGCAGAAAAAGAUUACAUUAUUACUAAUAGGAUCAAUUAAAAUAAAGAAAAUAGAUUUAGUAGAGACUUCAAAAUACUACAAGUUAUCAAGCAAACACCUUCUUCUUAAGUUUAUAAGUGCUAAAGUAAUGUAAAUGGACUUAUUUAUGCUAUAAAAGCAAUAUAGAUUCCAUAGGAAUACUCUGAACAAGAAAGAAUAUUUAAAGAAGUGCAAAGCUUAGUUUAAUUUUCAAGUUAUGGAUUUGGAAUUCUUAAAUUUUAUAAUGUGUGGAUGGAAGAUUCAAAGCUUUAUCUUGUGACUGAACAUUGUCUGCAUAAUUUAAGAUAAAUUAGAAAUGCUAAUUCUAAACCAUCUGAGUAGUUGAUAAGGUAGAUUAUUAGAGAUAUUUGUGAAACAUUAAAUUUUUUGCAUUAAAACGACUGUGCUCAUUUAGGUAUUAAACCUGAAAAUAUUUUAGUAUCAAAAAAAAUGAAAUUUAAACUUGCAGAUUUAGGUUUAUCAAAGAUUUAGCUCUCUGAAAAUAAUAUAUCACAAUAAGAAUCUCAUUUCCCAUAUAUAGCACCAGAAUUAGUUGGAGGGUGCCCAACAAAUAAAUAAAACAUCAGAAGCAUAAAAGCAGAUAUUUUUUCUUUAGGAGCUGUUUUAUACGAAUUAAUGACAGACUAAGAUCUUCCUAAAUAUGGAGCAGAAUGGGAGAAUUUAAGAUCAGGUAGAUUCCACAAGCUCAUGAACUCAGUAAAGUAUAGUGCAAGCUUAAAGAAUUUAAUAAAAUCAAUGCUUCUAAGGAACCCUUAGCUUAGACCAAGUUGUCAGGAUAUUUUAAAUUAAAUACCACCUGAUAACGCUCUAGAGUUAGAAUUAAAAUAUAUGGUUGAAGAAAAUAAUAUAUUGUAAAAGAAGUUAGAAGAUCUUCAAAAAAAGAGUGAGCAAACUAAUUUUUAACAAAAUUGCAUUUUAAAGAAAAAAGGUAGUUUUUGA